AGUUUUUGGUAGUAGAGUGUGUUUACAGAUGAAUGAUAUAUCAACAUUACUGUAUUAAAGUCAGCUGCUGAAAUAUUUCAUGCUAGGUUUCAUAAUUGAGUGUACAUAUAUAUACUGCUGAUGGAUUGUGACCAGUAUUACGCAGCAUAAGUAAAUACAUUUCACUUAUUCUCUGCACAAUGCUCAAAUUUUCAUAUUUGGUUUUUGAACUUGACUAGCAUUUCAUAAACCUAGUGAACUUUGUGGCCUAACUCAAGCAACACGCCGCCAUGUCAGCCAGCGUCAGAACCACCCUACAGACCGUCCCAGAGGCCCUACCUACUGACCAUGUCUCUAAAAAUAAAGUUCGGAGCUCGAGUCGCUCUUCCACUCCUCACGCUCAGCAGUCGUCCAGAAAAAGCGACCACGAGCCCGGGAGCGGAGGGGGCGGCAACAGCGGCAGCAGCAGAAUGUCGUCGGCCAGAGGGCGGCCUGAGGAGAUAGGCAAAUAUCGACUCCUCAAAACCAUCGGCAAGGGAAACUUCGCUAAAGUCAAGCUUGCCAAACACAUUCCCACCGGCAAAGAGGUGGCCAUCAAAAUUAUAGACAAGACUCAGCUUAAUCCUGGGAGUUUACAAAAGCUUUUCCGCGAAGUGCGGAUCAUGAAGAUGUUGGACCACCCGAAUAUCGUGAAGCUUUUCCAAGUGAUCGAGACCGAGAAGACGCUCUACCUCGUCAUGGAAUACGCGAGUGGCGGUGAAGUGUUCGACUAUCUCGUCUUCCAUGGCCGCAUGAAAGAGAAGGAGGCUAGGGCUAAGUUUAGACAGAUCGUAUCCUCGGUGCAGUAUUGUCACCAAAAGAAGAUCAUUCAUAGAGAUUUGAAGGCUGAGAAUUUACUCUUAGACUCUGAAAUGGUCAUCAAAAUUGCUGACUUUGGCUUCAGUAACGAGUUUUCUCCCGGCAAUAAACUGGACACUUUCUGUGGCAGUCCUCCUUACGCGGCUCCCGAGCUCUUCCAAGGUAAAAAAUACGACGGCCCUGAAGUAGACGUGUGGUCGUUGGGCGUGAUAUUGUACACGCUCGUGUCGGGGUCUUUACCUUUUGACGGCUCGAACCUGAAGGAGUUGCGGGAGAGAGUCCUGCGUGGCAAGUAUAGGAUACCUUUCUACAUGUCCACUGACUGUGAGAACCUCCUCAAGAAGUUCCUUGUGCUCAAUCCUGCCAGGAGAGCUACUUUAGAGACCAUAAUGAAGGACCGGUGGAUGAACAUCGGUUACGAGGACGACGAGCUGAAGCCUCACAUUGAGCCCGAGAUGGACUUCGCUGAGCCCAAGAGAUUCGAGAUACUCAUGGAGAUGGGCUACUCUAGAGCAGAUAUUGAAGAUAGCCUCAAGAAUCACAAGUUUGAUGACAUCUACGCCACUUAUCUACUCCUGGGACGGAGAUCUACUGACUUGGACAGCGAAUCAUCACGCUCUGGCUCGUCGUUAUCAUUACGCAACAACACCCCCCGUGUGGGGGGCGUGAGCAGCGGGGUGGGGGUGAGCAGUGGGGGUGACAGCGGACACCCCCCAUCAUCCCAGCUGUCGCAGUCCCCCUCACACCGCGGGGUGCACCGCUCUGUCUCCGCCACCAACGCUAAGCCCACCAGCAGGAGGCUGUCUGCCGGUGGUGCCCCGACCACCACCACACCAGCGACCAACAACAGCCACAAUCACAGCAGCAACAGCACGACCCCCGCCACCACCACGGCACCCAGCACCACCACGUCCACCACUAACAACACCACCACCACCGGCAACCAUUUCCGACGCCAGAACACCGUCGACACCGCCACCAUCAAAGAAAAUACCGCUCGGUUGCAACAGCAGGGAACCACAACAACCUCGUCCCAGAGAGGCGUGGUGAGCGGUGCUGUAAGCCCCGGCAUGAGCAGCAAGACGCGCAGCAGCAGCGGCGCGACGACGCAACAAAAAAGCAACACCAUCGCCAGCCGCACCAUCAGCGCUGCUACUGGUCGUCGGUCUACUUAUUCUCAUGAUCCUAAGUCUUCAUCUACUGAGAAGACCAACGUCCCUGACUCUACCAGCGGCGGCAGCAGCGGCAGCAGCACGAAAGCCUCCCCCGGGGGGCUACUGUCAUCACCCAAUGCUCCCCCCAACAACCGGCAGUCCUCCACUCCCACAGCCUCACCCUUCCCCCGCAACUUUUCGACCAGGUCCACCUUCCAUGGGGGACAAACGCGUCGCCCCAACAACAACAACCCCGCGUAUGGGGGAGGCAUGGGUGCUCCUCUCACCUCUCAGGACACCUCGGUGCUGCCUGCUUCUGGAGCCAUCAGAACCUCCUUCUUCUCCAAGAUCUCCUCCAAGUUCUCCAAGCGUCAGUUGGAAGCCACUCCCAGGCAGCCUCCUAGUGCGUCGGUGGCGCGCCCAGGAGGCGGUGAGGAGCAAAUCAAACCACGGUCGCUUCGCUUCACUUGGAGCAUGAAAACUACCUCCUCUCGGGACCCUAACGACAUUAUGGCUGAAAUACGCAAGGUAUUAGACGCCAACCAUUGUGAUUAUGAACAGCGGGAGAAGUUCUUGCUGCUCUGUGUACACGGGGAUCCUGAUAUAGACGACACCAUGGUGCAGUGGGAGAUUGAGGUGUGUAAGCUACCCAGACUGAGCUUGAGCGGCGUGCGUUUCAAGAGAAUAUCUGGCACGAGUAUUGCCUUUAAGAACAUUGCCAGCAAGAUUGCCAACGAGCUGAAGCUGUGACUAAGUGGGGACCUCGAGAUAGGGGAAGCUUUGCACCGCAGUCCCACCGCUUCCACUCAUGACGGGGAUUAGGAUGACACGCUCCCUGUAGGAAUUUUUAAUAAUGAUAAUAAUAAUAAUGAUACUUAUGCUAUUGUGGAUACAUCCGCUGCGGGUACGUACCGACCAGGCAUCUGAUGCUGAAGCCCGACGUUGUUUCGUCAUUUGUCUUGGUGUGGUAAUGCCUCGUGAAUUACAUUAGGAUGGCGCAAGUUCAGUGAUGCUAGAGAGCAGGCUCGGUGUUGGUGUUGGACUGAUGGAACUUUACGAAAACGUUCGUUGUCCAUGUGAAAACGUUCAUUGAAAAGUUACAAACGUUUCAGUGUCUUGUGAUGUAAGGUUGCAGGCCUGUAUUAUCUACGCUUAAACUACGAGUCGUGUUUCUACGGUGGACUGGAAGCAGUGAAAAGUUCUUUUAUCUUCGGAGUUACAAGGAAGAAACUUUUUCGUUUGUGAAUCAAUGUUAACAUGUGCAAAACGUGUACGUUCCCGAGGCUUAAUACAUUUUGAUGUAAGAACGUUCUUUUGGUUUGUUUUGUUUUAUGUUCCAACGUUGAUUCAGGUUAGUGGAAGUUGGGAAUUAGCGAACGAAGUUUGAAUGCUGUGUAUGUUCUUUGUAUGUUCGGUUUUUACCACUUAAUUAUAUUCCAGACGUCCUCAAGGGAAAAACCUUCAAGAUUUACGGUAGACAAAUGAAAAUAAAUUCCCAAGUGCGAUGAGGGUUCUUAGGUCGACUUGGUCGUGCUUUGUACGUAUCAUUUAUUACCUUUUGAGCGAUAAUAUUUACGUCUUGAACGUUAUUUUUGCUCGUAAUAAAACGCAAUCUUGAGAUGAGCCGUCGCUUCUUGGGUGAAUUAUUGAGUAGGUACUUACUGAGUAGUUCAAAGCCCCCCCGAUGGUCUCAUAUCUGUGAAUAUAACCUCCGAGUUUUGCGAAAUGUAAGUGUAGAACCAGUGACAAUGCGAACUGAAUCAUCGAAGUUAUCUUAACUAUUUUAUUUGUCAUACAUUUAUUUUGCAAUUUAUAUGGAUUAAAUCGGAUCAUAGUGUUUCUAUUUUCGUUUCCGUUGAGCUAUUCAGAGUCGAAAAGCUGUUUCAGCUUUGCUAAUGGUUUUCUUGCUGAUAUCUUAAAUUUAAUUUGGUUAUUAUAUUAUUGAACAAAACUGGGAAUAUGAGAACGGUAAAAAAGUCUGCAGGCCACUUUGAACAGAGCCAUGACUUUAGGAUCGAAUUCGAGGAUGCCUUCAUUCGCUCACACUUAUCCUGUAUAUCCUUGGACGAUCAAAUCCAGAUUUAUUACACAUGUACGCUCUAAUUUUCUGAUGGGUAGUAUUAUUAGAUCAAAUCACUUCCAAUUCAUGAAUCAAAUUUACCAUCAGUCAGUUUUUCAAUAUAUGGCAUUCGUGGAUAUUUUCGUGCUAACAUGACCCACCUAAUUCUGUGCAAGAUUGAUGUCUAAUUGGCGUAACCGCUGAUAAACUUGAUGGUAUAGACAAACUAUAUCUUCUACUUUCAUUGAAGAAAAGUUGUGCUUAAUCAACAUCUAACUCAACGUCAAAUCGGGGGGAAUCUUUGUUCAUAUAUUGUAUAAUUAUUUUAAAGCGUUUCGAGUAAAUUUGUACAAAAUGUCAGAUUUCGUUCACGUGUUUACAUAACGCAGAGAAAUACACUCGGGUUAAUGAGUGAGACUUUAUCCAAAUAGCGAUGCACUUUCGUUCUUGCUGUGGUCAUGUGCAAGAAUUUCUGGUCGUAUUAUAUUUUUGGUUUCAUUUUGAGUUCGCGAUUGAUUAUUUAUUGUUUCUCCGUUCAACAACUCACGCUUCUUUUUUUUUUAGUUCACGUUGGUCAUGUGAAAUUGUAAAGUCUGCGUUUUUCCUGUGCUUUAAUAAACUCUAAUAUUAGUAAAUUUAACAGACGAUACCUAUUUCUUUGAUAUGAGAACUCGCAAUGAGUUUCUAUCCACCUUUUAAAUUAAGUGAAUAUUUGUUUUAAAAGUUGAACCAUAAAGGGAACAGUUCCAACUGAGCGUCAAGGAGAUCACGCGAGGUGUUCUUUGUGUGGUAAAUCAUCUACACUCAGAGAAAUAAGUGAGACUGUCCAAAUAGUGAUGUACUUUUCGGUCUUGUGUGAGUCAUCCUGAACUAGUUUGGCCCGGGUAGAAAGCGUAUCAGUGCCACGUGCAGAAAGUGUGUCAGUAUUUGAACAAUAUGACUCGUUAAUUUCUCUGAGCGAUAGUGUAAGAUAGGGCAGAAACUUAAUUAUUCUGAAAGACUCCAAGCGACUCUGACUUGUUGGUUCGCCUCCAGGUACUAGUGAUAGUAGCUUGGGCUGUAUAAAGUAGCUUGUACAUUAAUUAAUUCAUGAAUAAUAUCUUCCUGAAGGUAUGUUGUUAUAGGCCUAAUUUAACUGUAGCAGGAGUCUGGACCAGGUGACACUAUACGUAUUUUUGUUACCGACUAGCGUGAAGUAGUGGUUCGAACUCCUACUUUCUGUAUAGCAACGCACUGUCAUCUCGUUUUCCUGUGCCGUUAGGGAUGUGGCGAGGGUAGGUGUUAAUGUGGCGUUUACCAGUCGUCGUUUGUAUUUUCUUUCAGCCAAAGCUACCUUUGAUCCUGCUGUAUAUUCUUCUAAUGUCAUUUGAACGAACAUUUCUCUUUGUGAACUUUUCUCACGUUCCCACAGCUACAACAAUUGUUCUAAAAAUGAAAUAACCAUCGCAUUAAACUAACUUGUUCUCCACGCAGAGAAUUUUUUUCACACUCAUUUGAACUUUAGAAUCAGACAUUCGGUGUAUCAUCAAUUUUCUCGCGUAUGAAAUAGGGCUUUAGUCACGGUAAAUAGUUUUGUUCCAGUGUCAAAAGAUUCAUUCAUCUGUAACAUCUCCCUUUGGUUUAAUUAGUAUCUCGGCCUCCUUAACUACCGGCAUUAUGCCAUCAUUUAUUGAAUUUUUUAAACGAUAAUUUCUGAUCUAAAAUGCAAUCUUGUCGCUAACAUUGAAAAAGAGAGCUCCUAUUGUUAAUGAGCUCAACGUUCGUCUACUGCUGUGAGUUAUACUACUCUAAAUGCUAUAUCCCUUCCUUAUACUUAUGGCUGGCAAGAAAUGGGCGAAUUUGUAUAAAUUUGUACGUAUGGUUGAGUAUGGCAUAGAGUGGUACAAUUUUCUAGUGUGCUCUUCUCAUCGACCUAAUAUAAUUUGUUUUCUCAUCCCGUGAACUGAGAACAUGAUUCUAAUUUCAUUUCUACUCCAAUGACACUAGAUUUCUAGGCAAUUCAUAGACAAUUUUUUUUCGUUGUGAUUUAUUGCCAUUGUGAAACUUGGUCCGCACUAAAAAAUUUCCCGCACUGUGAAAUCAGCAGAGAUAAAUUUUAACUGUGAGUUGCUUGUACAGUAGAUACUUCAUCCCGGUUUUCUGGCAGUCACUCUAAAAGAAAAAAAUGCUUAGCUUUUUUGUUUUCUACGCUCAUUUUUCCGCGGGUAAUCAAGAUGUCUCAAGAUCACACAACUAAAUCAUUCUACUUUACAGUAAUACAAAUAUCCUUCUGAAUUUCUGGUCCUGGAACUGUAGCACUACUAAUCAGGUACCUGUUAUAGAAAUUCCUCAAAUGUGUAUACUUUGUAGCUUUGAAUGCAAUCAUAUCUAGUGUUUAUAGUUUCUUGUAAAUUCGCCGCGUUUCUAGCACACAACUUUCGACUAGAUCAUCUUGAAGGUUCUGCUUGCGAGUUUUCGAUCUUUUGAAUUUUUUGUGCGUGAAAGUUUCGGUAAUUACCCUGGUGCAUUGAACUUAGUGGUACGUUCUCCUACAUUAUCAAUUAAUUUGACUGGGAUCUUGUGUUAAGUAGCCGAACAAUAUUUUGGCCUUCGAAAUUUAAUGAAGUGCUCAAAACUUAAAGCGUCAUUUCUUUUAAUGGUUUUACCUCUCGUGCUGUGAUAGCCAAUGAGUAGCGCUUGAUAUAGCGUCGCUUGCUGGUUGCAUCGAAAUUUCACAAGACUCCUUGGUAUCGCAAAAAGUAUAUGUAAAUAUUCUCUUGAUUUAUCGAUCGCCGAAACUGAAAAACGCCUCAUGUCCGAGAUAAGCUGAACCGCUCCAGUUGAUACCAGAAACGUGGCAACCUCCUGAACAUACGGUCUGCAACCAUAUGGUUGCUGACAUACGACAUUUCUUUCAUACAUACAGCGUCUAUUAUUCAUGCAGCUUCUUGCACACAGGCACUCAGCUUCAAUUUGCUGUUACAAAGUCACUUUUCCUCUCUCCAAUUGCUGGGCAACACUGCUAAGGCUAUGCCACUGCUUUUUCCCUCUAUGUUGCCUUCCUUUAAGACCAUCUAUCAGACAUUCGCCUAAAGUUGUUUCUUCUUAAUUUCUAAAGUUGUGUAGAAAAUGGCUGAAUUUAGAAAAAUAUAAUUUUGUGCGAUAUUCAUAUAAACGUACGUAUUCGCAUCUCUCUUGUGUUUCCGAUGAGCUACCGAAUUUCAGGUGAAUUUUUUAGGUCUUCCCGUAAAAUUCAUUUGUUCUUGCCAGUGACAACAGCCGUAUUGAUUAACGUACUGCAGUCACACCGGGCUUUUAGUGUGGUUUAUGAUGCGUUGCAUUUCUUGAUAUUUCUCACGGCGGAAAAUCUUCAUACGAUACCUUCAUUGAAGCUGUUUUGCUAUACAAUUUCCGUGGAACGACUGCAGGAUAUUGAAUUAAAUCCUGUUAUUCCUCGUUCUGGGGCCGUUGUCUCGCACAGGGGUUCAUUUUGGGGUAGCAUAUGCCGAUGUGGUUAACUGCUUGUAAAAGUCGCGGUAAGCUUGAAAAAUAAACUUGUUUCUGUAUUAUAAUGUGGAGUGUCAAUACCAUGAAGCUACUGUGACUGGGUUUGUUGCUGCAUGAGACAGCGGUUGUGACAGGUAAAGUUGUCUGGUUAUAUUAUGACUGGUCCGAUAGCUCGCCUGUCACGACUCGGGCUCGAUCAGAAACGACAUUGAAACAACGCUGAUUAAGAGUUGAAACAACGUUUAGUCAACGUUUUUCAACGUCAGAUACCUUGUGGGAUGUGACUAUCACUUGCGUAAAAGCAUAAUGGCUGUCGAAAAGCGUUUAAAUUUUGUGCGAGAUACCAUACAGUGCAUCGUAUCGUGUCACGGUACAGACCACGAGACGACACCGCGUGUAAUAAUGCUUAUCAGAGGCGGACGUUCUUUCGCCUGGACGUUCAUAUUCUUUCAUCAUUUGCCGUAUAAUCUGUAUAAAUGCGUCGGAUUUAAGUGUGGGAAGAGAGUAGUGACGGCGUAUAAUUUAUUCGUAUUAUUAUUCCCGUGUACCGAGGACGCAUAGGAGUUUCGUUCAAAAGGCAAUAAUGCGGGACUCUUUUUUUUUUGCCUUUGCUAACUCCCUUUAACAGUUGAUGUUUCAAGCGGAUAUAUUUAUUAUGUAGUGAUGAUGCAUGUCAGCCCUGUCUUGUGUCCUCAAAACGACUCUAGGGAACGUGAUUACAUUUCAGAGAUAUUCGCUGCAAUAUAAUUCUAAAAAAAUUUUGAUCACG